AAGCGCCCUGUUGGCCAUCCAUGGGUUCCCGACAUCCACUUGUCACAACGCUACGUCAGCAGAGAACCUGAAAGAUGGCGGUGUCCAUAGAACAGAUGAGUGCCGCUUUAUGUUUAGUAAUAUUAACUUUGGUACUUCAUCCUGCUAAUUGUGAUGUCGCCACGGGCGUUAUAGACACAGCAGGAGAAGCGCCCCAUCGCCGUUUUGAAUACAAAUACAGUUUCAAAGGACCGCAUCUCACCCAAAGUGACGGCAGUAUUCCUUUUUGGGUACACACUGGAAAUGCCAUUCCCAGUGCAGAUCAGAUCCGCAUCACUCCCUCCCUCAGGAGCCAGAAGGGCUCUGUGUGGACAAAGAACACCGUGAACUUUGAGAACUGGGAAGCGGAGGUGACGUUCCGCGUGUCUGGGCGUGGCCGGACGGGAGCAGACGGACUGGCGAUCUGGUUCACAUCAGGGCAAGGCCUGGAAGGCCCAGUCUAUGGUGCAGCAGAUUCUUGGAAUGGUGUUGGAAUAUUUUUCGACUCUUUCGACAAUGAUGGAAAGAAAAAUAAUCCUGCAAUCUUGAUUGUUGGAAACAAUGGAAACCUUGUUUAUGACCACCAAAAUGAUGGUACAACCCAAGCCUUGGGAACAUGUUUAAGGGACUUCCGAAACAAACCCUAUCCUGUCCGGGCCAAAAUGACAUACUAUAAGAAGUCAUUGACGGUUAUGAUCAAUAAUGGCUUCACCCCGGACAGAGAUGACUUUGAAUUCUGUGCAAAAGUGGACAACAUGGUCAUACCUGAGGAAGGAUUCUUCGGCAUCUCUGCUGCCACUGGAGGCCUAGCAGAUGAUCAUGACGUGCUCUCAUUCUUGCUCUUCAGACUAACAGAGCCUGGACAACAGCAGGACCCGGUUGAAGCUGAAAUUCCAGAAGAGGACAAGGACAAGUAUCGGGAAGAGUUUGAGAACUUCCAACAGGAUCUGGACAAAAAGAAAGAGGAUUUUCAGAAGGAGCAUCCUGAUGUGCAGGGAGAACCAUUGAAUGACAUUUAUGAGACGGUGAACGACCGAGAGAUCCGGCAGGUGUUUGAGGGGCAGAACCGGAUCCACCUGGAGAUCAAGCAGCUCCACCGGCAGCUGGCCAUGAUCCUGGACGAGCAGCGGCGCUACGUCUCCGUGGUGACGGAGGAGAUCGCCAAGCAGCAGGCUCAAACUCCGCCUGCACAGGCACAGGCACCCAGUCUUGAAUUGGACACCGUAAUUGCUACGCAGCAGGAGGUGUUGAAGAAUCUGAAUGAGCUGAGGGAUUCAUUCUCUGAAACAUUGAGACAAGUGGCCUCUGUCCAGCAGCAGGGGAACGCUGCCGGGGCCUAUGAUUCUGUUCAGCACUUCAACGACAUCAAGGAGCACCUGCAUGUGGUCAAGAGAAGCGUUGAGCACCUAGUCCAGCGCGAUGUGGGUCCAGGUGAAAAGGUGAAAUGCCCUGACCCGCCCCCCAUGCCAGCCUGUCUGUCCACUCCCCAUUUCCUGAUCUUCGCUGCAGUACAGUCAGUCUUAUUCAUCGGCUACAUGAUGUACAGAAGUCAACAAGAAGCAGCAGCAAAAAAGUUCUUUUGAUGAAAACUGCUCCCAAGUGGAAGGUAUAACAAAAUUUGUAAAUGAGGUAAUUUGUAAAAUCUUGUUUUGUUAAUUUCUGGUCUGUUUCAAAAUUGUAAAUUAUUGUACUUGAAAACAAGUCUUGAGUUUGUUUGUUUUUUUUUUUUUUCAGAUUUUUAAUUUGAUCCUAGAUGUACAGAUUGUGAAUGAAUAUUUGCUUUGAUUAGGCUUUUGUGAAAUUGUUGGUCAAAUAUUCCAAAAUGAUGUAAAAUAUCCUUCUCUUGUAUUAAGCCAAUAAUAUUUGGAUUUCAGGCAGGGUCAUGAAAAGGUGUCUCAAUUAAACCAUGUCAGUCAUUGUCCUGGCAGCUUUGGAAACUGUGGUAUUAUGUAGUAUUAAUGCUGAAUCAUUGUAAAGAUGGAACUCUCAAAUGUAUUUUUUUAGUAUUUUAAUCCACCAAAAUCUGAUUUUUUAAUCAUCAAGUGAUUAUUAUAAAAAGAAACUGCAACAUAGCUAGGUGUUUAUGUGAGACAGAUCUGUUUACUUUGUUUUCUUUUUUUGUUAUUAUAUUGGCUUUACCUUUUCUGCAAAUCUUUCAUCUUUAAGUAAGCCCCUUCCAACUAAGGAGUUGCUCAGUGGCCUAGACUCAUUCAUCAUUUGUCCUUACAACAAAUCCAACCUUGACUUGCAAUUGUGUUCAAGUGUUUGCUUAACUUGCAAAACAUGUAUUAGUAAGUUCAAAUUAAGGGCAGAUGGUGGUCAAAUACAGGUUUACAUCUUGUUUUCGGCAUAUUACUACUUUUCUGUAAUUGCAGAAUUGAUGACAGACUUUUGAAAUUUAUCUUUAAGUUUUCAAACAGAAUUGGGUCAUUCAAAUGGGAGAAGGACAUAAUAUUCUGGACUGUAUGUAAUGCCAUAUGUCAAAAUGCAUGGCAACUGCAGUAAUGUGGCUGAAAUGUAAAGCACAGUUGAAUAAAAUAAGAGGGGUGUACAGACCAAUCGACACUUAUCCACACUAUACAAAAGGCAUUUUUUUUUUUUUGCUGCGAGGUGUCUGUAGAACGCUUCUGCAUGAUUAUUUAAUCUAUUUAUUUUUUUUCAAAUUUAACUUCCCUUUCUUCUCUUCUCAAUUUGUCAUCACCAAAUGUGCCUGGAGAGUCACGUCUGUGUUGUCUGCACACACACACACACACACACACACACACACACAGCACUGCGGUCGAAGCUGUGCUCUUUUCCAUACCAUCACCAGCAAGUCAGUGACUAUUUAUAACUCCCCAGGUCACACCGAAUACAGCAGAGCUGCCGCCAAUCAAAGGAGAGGCGUGCCUCACACUGACCACGCCCGGUUGUCUGUGGGAACUAGUGCAGCAGUAACCUGAGAAAGCUGGCCAACAGAAAACCGCCAACCGCUAGCCGAAGGCCAGAUAUCUUGCAUUUGUAGCCUCCCAUGGAUGGCCCCUAUAGCCCAGGUUUUAACCCCAUUGGCUAAGCCAUAUGGCCCAACUUGGGCUCGUGGCAAGCACUGGAAAUCUCGGAGGCCAUGAAAUCACGCAAAAAAUCUGCUUUGGCUUUCAUUUUUCAAGAUCUGUGGAGAAGCAGCUAGGGGGUCAUGAGAUUGCAGCUCUACCUCUCGACGUUUGUGACCCAGAGAGAACAACUACAGCUUAAUUUCAAGUUCAGUAAAUAUGUUCAGUAUUAUGCAGAAAGCUGUGGCAAUAAACAUUCUUCCAAUUUACGAUUCCUUUUGCUUUUAGUAUAGGCAGAAUGCCUCUGGAUUUUAAAUAGUUGUUGUAUUUAUGACAUAAAUCAGACGUUUGGAAUUAAGAAAACAAAGAUUAUACAUAAGAUAUGGUAAAGAUUUUUAAAAAAUUUAUAAACAUCCAAAAAAAGUUUUUUAAUGGAAUUGGCCCUUUUGCCAAACAGUUUAUCAGCAGUAAAAUAAUCAUGUUACCAUUUUACUGUAUGUUACAGCUAUGCUGGUGUCUUUCAUCUUGCGAAUUUUGUCUUUGAGAGAAGGUUUGCUUCUGUCAAGUAUUUCACUGGUGAAACAACACAUUUGCUUUAUAAUGUUUUACGUUUUUCAAGCUCUUACAGAAAGGUUAGUUGAAUAUAUACUGCCAUUACGUCUUACCAAAUCUAUUUUCAGUGAGAUCUGUGACAUUAUAAAUGGCACCUUGCUUAUGUUUUGGCUACCCUUUAUAAAUGCGGCACAUUUGGGGGCAGAACUUUAAGUUGAAAUAAACUUAAAUAAAUAAAUGAAUCUUUUCCUGGGUGAUUUUA